CCACACGGCCCGGAUAUUGCCUGGUAAAUCAGAUGGAAGUUGAACCAGUGGGCGUUAGAUGUCGAAACUGGCUCAUGCCGUGCUGCAAAGAGUCAAGACAACCGAGGUACUUCCCGCGGCUCCGACUUGAGACUGAUCAAGGAUUGACAGGCGCGCCAUCUGCCUCGCAUACCCAAGCUCAUGCUAGCGAAUUCUGCCAAGAGGCCGAACGGGCUUCACUCAUUUAUCGUCGCAUUCCUCUUUAUACAACGUCUCUUCAGCCGAACGGCGGGUAUCAGCGCGACACUUCCUACUUCAGCGGACCACAUGUCGUCACCGCCGACUGACGGCUGGCCGACGGGAGAGGCUGAGCGGCUUGCGACUUCGGCAUACUUUUGCAUGUCACCAUCACCACGUCGUUUAGCAAUCCGAGUUGGUAUCCCGUUUCCAACAUGGCUUGACACGGACCCCCGGACACGCCCUCAAACACGUUCUCCAGCCAGCGUGCGGGCCUGGAACAGCGCCACGACCAAGCGUUCCUCCAUCAUCGGACCGUUUCUCAUUCUGGAUGUUGUCGUUGCUGACUAGGGACCUCCACGUAGCAGUCUCGGCCCAAUGACCCUAAAAGUUCAGACGAGAGACGGAAGCCUGUUGCUUAGUUGGAUUUGGGAGUCGUGAGCCUCCUCGUCGGCCUUCUGCACCAGCCCUUGCUUGAACUGCAACCCUUCCUCCUCGAGUCAGCAAAGCCGAUGGUCUCCUGUUUCGGCGUUACUGCUGGGAUCCUCGCCACGGCCAGAUCAAGUAAAACUGUGAUUUACCGGAAGCAUUAGGCAAAACGAUACGAUCCCCAUGCAUGCGACGUGGCAGCUCAUCAUGAAUGAAUGACACAGAAGCCUCGGCACAAAGCAGGACACAAACAAACAAACCAGCCAUCGUCCUCUAACAUCAAUCUCUUCUCUUGCUCUUUCGCGUCGUAACUAGAGGAUUGCGGCAACCUUGGGGAUAGACAGAGACUGCUUUGAUCAUCGUCGCAGCGCACGUCUCGGCAAUGUGUAACAUGGACGGACUUGGGCGACCAGAGUGUGCAGCCGCUCCGUCUACCUCUCUCCACGUCAGGAGUCAAACUUGAGAUUGGUACGAUCCAAGCGGUCGGCAGUCCACGAGCCGGAAGCUAAAGAAGCCUCGUAGAAUAUUCCGUGGCGGCUCUCGCCCGAUGUAUCUGACAUAAAUACAACUUACGAUGCCAGUCGCCAACUCGACGCUCCCCAAGCUAGCACCCCCAUCUCUCGCUUUCAGCUUUGCCUUCUUUCGCUUCCAACACCAAAUCUUGGCCGGUCUGACUUUCGGGCGGACUCCGAUUCGUUCCAGUCGUUUUCUCACUCUUGCCUUUCGUCGUUUCUGAUCUAGAGCCGUUGCAGCUAUGAGGACCGCGUCUCUCAUUGCCGCCCUCGUGGCGGGCAUUGCUCUCGCUCGUCCUGGCAUGGACAUCAAGAAGCUGAUAGCCGACGCCCAGCUGCAGAUCCGUCAGAUUGGUGGCGGUGGCCCUUCGACAGAGCUGAUCGGCGACCUCAUCGAACUCCGCGAGCGCGAACUGACAGCGACCGGGGCCGCCAUCAGGGAUAUCUUGAUCACCGAGGCCUCGGGCCAGGAUGUGGAUACCUUUUACGACGAUUCUGAAUUAGCACCGAAGGGCUCCGAGGAGUGCGAGAGUGACGAUUGUUGCAUUUGGAAGUACAUCGCCGACGACCUGGCCAAGCAGAUGGUGGGCACUGCCGGCCGGUGCAACAGCGUCGCCCGCGGCGCCAUCCGCCUUGGUUUCCACGACGCCGCCGCCUGGUCCAAGUCGACGGGCGGCACAGGCGCCGACGGCUCCAUCAUCAUCGCCAACGAGUGCAAGACGCGCUCCGACAACAAGGGCCUUGAGGAGAUCUGCGACAUGACGGCGACCUGGUUUGCCAAGUACAAGAAGUUCGGCAUCAGCAUGGCAGACUUGAUCCAGUUGUCCGCCAACGUCGCAACGGUCUCAUGUCCUCUCGGCCCUCGCGUCCGCACUUUUAUCGGCCGCAAGGACUCAUCCACCCCCGCCACCAAGAACCUCCUCCCCGAUCCCUCGGACAGCUCCGCCAAGCUGUUCAAACUGUUUGGGGAGAAGUCCUUCACGCCCGCCGGUCUCGUGGCCCUCCUGGGUGCCCACAGCACCAGCCAGCAACGCUUUGUCGACCCUUCGCGUGCCGACUCGCCCCAGGAUAGCACGCCAGGCACGUGGGACAUUGCCUUCUAUCAGCAGACGCUCAACCCCAACGCGCCGCCCGCCGUCUUCAAAUUCCAGAGCGACAUCCACGUGUCCCUGGACCCCGAGACGAACGAGGUCUGGAGAAUGUUUGCAGCGGGGCCGCGCGGUCAAGCCGUGUGGAACCAGGCCUAUGCGUCCGAGUACGUUCGCAUGUCUCUCCUCGGCGUCAACAACAUCAACGACCUGACGGAGUGCACAAAGGUCUUGCCGCCUUUCCGCCCUGCCUUUGAGCAGCCUGACCAAGACAUCCUCGACAAGGUCAUGGGCUCCGUCAUCAACUCGGACCUCGUCAAGCAGGCGUUGGAGAAGGGCGACAAGAUUCCUCCCGCCGCAUUGUCUAACCCGUAAUGCCGAGUCCUGUAUCGGGAGCGUACAUAAUUAUUCACCAUUCUCUAUUCUUCUUCCAUAACCAGAUUCCCUUUUCUUCUACCAUGCCAGCUUGUUAAAUAUAUCUUGCACGUAUAACAGUACCAGGGCGUUUCGAGGGUAUCGCGUAUCAUCGCAUGCAUAGCGGGUACAAAAAGAGAGUCACGACACAAACCAUGGGCCGAGGCUGGCCGGAGCCAGGCGUGUACCAGGAGGCUGAAGCAUACUCUUGUUGUUCUGUGACGAUAGUUUACUUGUAAUUCUUUUCUCUUUCCUUUCCUUUUCUUCCAUCUCAUAAGACAUCAAAGUAGACGGC